AUGGAGGGCGGUGGGAGGCAGUCCCGUCUCCUCAGCAGGCUUCUCGGUAGACUCCGAGGUGACCAUCACAAGUACAACUUGCUUGAUAAACGAUUUUCAGUUACAUCUUCAGGUGUGAGCGAAAAUAUCGCCUGCGGUAGCAUGACUACCGAUGAAGAAGAAAUAGAUCCUGUAGGCAAUGCUACUUCUAACGUCAAUUCUGUUGAUCCAGGACAAUUCGCCACUAAAAUAGACCAAAGGUAUGGCGGACAAUACCUUACUCCAGAUCAGCUGCCGGAAUUCUGCGCUCAGCUUCAUCAUUUAGUGGAAGUAAUCAGGAACAUCCAGUCUUAUGCGAAGGUCACUGGAGAAUACCCCAGCGAGCUAGAACGUCGGUUAGAGCAAGAGGCCCGAGAAGUGGCUUCACUGGCCGCGGAAGCACGGAACGCACGGGACGUCGUAUCGCGCACGCGGACACAAAGGAAAGCUGUGCGCGCACAGAAGAAGCAAGUUCUUGCUCAACUCAAUAACUUGCGGGAGACAGAGGUUCGUGAACUAGAAAGCACCGUUCGACUUUCGGACCGAAAGCUGUUCAAGAGUUGGGAGGCGCUCAAAGACUCCACAGAUCCUACUGUCUUCGAACCAUUGCUUGAGGAAAUCAAGAACAGGCAGACCGCGCUCGACUGUCUUGUGCGUUUGAUUGAGUCUCGUCGUUCGAAGCUCGCCAGGAUUCCCAUACCGUUGCACUCCCUACCACCGCUCGAACCUCGUGACAAUGACGAUUCAUGCACAACAUACGGUCGCAAGCGCCACGACAGCGGCACUAGAAAAUCUAACUACAAGAGAAGGAGAAAGGAGAAUAACAGAGAACCGCGAUCCGUUCCACUGUCGAGCGAAACAAGUCGGCAUGGACCUAUGCCUCAGGUGACGCUGUUGAUUCAGGGCGCGGAGAGCUCGGCAGGUCGCGCCGCCGCCGAGCUGUCGACAGCCGGGAGCGUUAGGGAUAUACUGUUCUUCACAACGACAUAGUUAAAAUAAACGAGUCAUGCAUUAAACUUUUAUUACU